AUGUUCUCUCCCAGGACUCUGAUGUGUUCUACGUGCCAACCAGUGGUCUAUCAGGAGAGAACCUGACCACCUAAGAGUUCUGCUCUGGCGCUAACAUCCUGGUACUCUGGACCCUGUUGCUGGAAACAGAUCGAUUAUUUCAAACCACCCAGAGGUCGAUAGAAAAGCCCUUCCGACUGUGUGUCUCGGACGUCUUCAAAGAUCAGGGCUCAGGGUUCUGUGUAACAGGGAAGAUCGAGGCGGGCUACAUUCAGACGGGACAGAUACUGCCAUGCCCCCCAAUGAGACAUGCACUGUUAAAGGUAUCACUCUCCACGAUGAGCUCUGGACUGGCAGCAGCAGGAGAUCAUGUUAGUCUGACUGUCACUGGCAUGGACAUCAUCAAGAUCAAUGUGGGCUGUGUGUUCUGUGAUAUUAAGGAGCCAAUCAGAGCGUGUUCCCGCUUCAGGGCCAGAGUCCUGCUCUUCAACAUAGAGGUCCCCAUCACACAGGGCUUCCCCGUUGUGUUGCACUACCAGACGAUCAGUGAACCUGCCACCAUCAGGAAGCUGGUCAGCGUUCUGCACAAGAGCAGCGGGGAGGUGCUCAAGAAGAAACCAAAGUGAGUAUCAAGGUGAAGUCUUCAUAGAUGA